GGCAGUGUGGGCCGGGGGCGGAACGCCGCCCGGCCGCGGGUCGGCCUCAGAGUCAGCUGCCGAGCGGGGUGCUCGGGCGGGACAUGGCAGCCUGUGCGGCCCGGCGGGCCUUGGCUGUGGGCAGCCGGUGGUGGUCCCGGCCGCUGACCGGUGCCCGAGGGCCGAUACCGCUUUGUGCGGCACGUGGAGUCGGGGCCUUCCUGCCAGCGGCGACCACGACGACGCGGAGGCACCUUUCGUCCCGAAACCGUCCAGAGGGCAAAGUUUUGGAGACAGUUGGUGUGUUUGAAGUGCCAAAACAGAAUGGAAAAUAUGAAACUGGGCAGCUAUUCCUUCAUAGUGUUUUUGGCUACCGAGGUGUUGUCCUGUUCCCCUGGCAGGCCAGACUGUAUGACCGGGAUGUGGCUUCUGCAGCUCCUGAAAAAGCAGAGAACCCUGCUGGCCAUGGCUCCAAAGAGGUGAAAGGCAAAACUCACACUUACUAUCAGGUGCUGAUUGAUGCCCGAGACUGUCCUCAUAUAUCUCAGAGAUCUCAGACAGAAGCUGUGACUUUCUUGGCUAACCAUGAUGACAGCCGGGCCCUCUAUGCCAUUCCAGGCCUUGACUAUGUAAGCCAUGAAGACAUCCUUCCCUACACUUCUACUGAUCAGGUUCCCAUCCAACAUGAGCUCUUUGAAAGAUUUCUUCUGUAUGACCAGACAAAAGCACCCCCUUUUGUGGCUCGUGAGACACUACGGGCAUGGCAAGAAAAGAAUCACCCCUGGCUGGAGCUCUCUGAUGUCCACCGGGAAACAACUGAGAAUAUCCGUGUCACCGUCAUCCCCUUCUAUAUGGGCAUGAGGGAAGCCCAGAAUUCCCAUGUGUACUGGUGGCGCUACUGUAUCCGCUUGGAGAACCUUGAUAGUGACGUGGUACAGCUCCGGGAGCGACACUGGAGGAUAUUCAGUCUGUCUGGCACAUUGGAGACAGUUCGAGGCCGAGGGGUAGUGGGCAGGGAACCAGUGUUAUCCAAGGAGCAGCCUGCAUUCCAGUACAGCAGCCACGUCUCCCUGCAAGCUUCCAGUGGGCACAUGUGGGGCACGUUCCGCUUUGAGAGGCCAGAUGGCUCCCACUUUGAUGUCCGGAUCCCUCCUUUCUCACUGGAAAGCAAUAAAGAUGAGAAGACACCACCCUCAGGCCUUCACUGGUAGAACACCUAAAGCCCUGAGUGUCCAGACUCAGUCCCUGAAGAACAACUGUCACCCCACAAUUGCUGCAGAACUCUUUUUCUCUCCAUCAUGGGUCACAAUAGGUCUCCGAAUUGUUUUUGCUCUUUGAUUAUAGAGUUCUUUUAGGGGGAGGUAGUAUGUAACUGUUUUCUUCAGAAGACCCAUGGAGGACUCCUCCAAGGCUGGGCUUCUCCUUAAGUCCUGCCUACACUGUGCUUCAGUUAACCUUUCCACCAUGAACUCUGUUCAGCUGUCUCAGGCCUGGAGGGGUUUUCUGGCCUGUCACACAAGUUUGGAAUGUGAGAUCUGGUUAAUAAACUAGUGCACGCUUGGCCCGCACCUGCUCACAGGA